AUGUCUUCAUUAAAGAGAGUUAAUUUGAACUCAGUCUCUGAGUUACGAACGCUAACAGAUGAGAAUCUUCCAUCGAUACUAGGUGAAUUGGGCUACGAACAAUCGUUUACGCUCUCGGAUUUGAAAUUAGCAUUAGGAUAUCUGACGGUUGCUAUAUCAGUAGCAUUGUUUGCAAUGGAUAAAAAGUUUUCUUUUAAGGAUACUUAUUAUAUAACAGUAACGUCAAUUCUUGUAUAUUUCAUCAUAAGUGCUGUUCUACUUUAUCUCACUAGCUCCAAAAAGUACAAGAAUAACAAAUUUAUUGGAUAUAACGAUAAUAAGCAAAAAGUUCUGGUGGCAGCAUGGACCUCAAAAUAUGAUCCAAUUUAUAACAUGGAAUUGGUGCUUAAUGACGAUCAGCGGAGAUCAGUCUCAACUCAGAUUGAGUUCAGUAAAUUUUUCGACUCACAUGGCUAUUUCAAAAGAGAUGCAUUUAUUAGUCUAAUUAAAAAUGAUUUGAAAAGUCUUGAAAAGAAAGAUAUUUAA